AUGAAGCUUGUUACUGACGCCAGCUGUGAGUCACUGGAACCGGUUCGCAUUGCCAUCCGCGAGCGACCGACUGAUUGCGUUGAAGUUGAGAGCACAAUACAACACCACUCCGCAAAUGAUCAGAUUUUGAUAGUGGAUGAGAGACCGUUUGUGUUCGAUUACGUGUUCCGGCCGGGGGCAUCCCAAGCGCUAGUGUACGAUGCUUUGAUUCGGCCGCUGGUCGUUAAAAUGAUAAACGGAUUUUUCUGCACCGCAUUAGCUUAUGGGCAAACCGGAACAGGCAAAACCUUCACAAUGGGACUGCAAUGGGAUCAUAGUGGUCCCCAUGACAUUAACCGAGGUAUGAUAACGCGAGCCCUAGAUCAGACUUUUGAGCUACUCAAAGAAUCAAGAAACAAGGAGGAUUACGAGAUUGAGGUGUCAUUUGUGGAGAUUUAUAACGAGAAAAUUUAUGAUUUACUGUCGGAAAACUCAUCGGAGCCUAUAAAUACGCGUGGGUGUAAGUUCAAUGGUGGAACAAAGCGUCAGGUCAGUCGAGCGGGACAGGCCCAAGAUAUUCUAAUGGAAGGAAACAAAAAUCGGCAUGUACGGCCGACCAAGAUGAAUACGCUUAGUUCGAGAUCGCACGCUAUUUUUAGCAUUCAUGCUUCAGUUGUACACGAUGAUGCAAGGAUUGUUUCUGCGUUACACCUGGUGGAUUUGGCAGGUUCCGAGGGUGUCCGUCGCACGGGACAUCAAGGAGUGGCCCUGGCCGAAGGCGUUCACAUAAAUCAGGGCCUACUGAGCAUCGGGAAGGUGCUGCAGGCGUUGUCCAUCGGGAGUAAAGUGGUUCCGUAUCGUGACAGUAUCCUUAGUACGGUACUGCAAGAUUCGCUUAAUUCUAACUCGUAUCUAACGCUGUUAGCUUGUGUGAGCCCGCUGCCCGAAGAUUUGAGCGAGACACUGUCGACGAUCCGGUUCGCACAGGGUGCCAAGACGUUGAAAAACAAUCCGCAAAUCAAUGCCAUCACGGCGGAGCUAAAGAGUGUCCGAUGA